AUGGGCCUCACCUCCACUCUGGGGACCUCCACAGCUGCCUCCACCACAUCAGAUGAGACCUCCACGGCCUCCUCUUCCACUCCAGGGACCUCCACAGGACUCACCUCCACACCACUGACCUCCACAGUGGCCUCUACCACCUCCUCAGAGACCUCAACAGCCUCCAGCACAGCUCCAGGGACCUCGAUUGGCCUCACCUCCACUCCACGGACCUCCACAGCGGCCUCCACCACCUCAGCUGAGACCUCCACGGCCUACAGUACAACUCCAGGCACCUCCAGCGGCCUGACCUCCACUCCAGUGACCACUACCACGGCUGCCACCACCUCCCCAGAGACUUCCACAGUGUCCUCAACAUCUCCAGGAACCUCCACAGGCCUCACCUCCACACACAUGACCUCCACUGUGGCCUCCACCACCUCUUCUGAGACCUCCACGGCCUCCUCUUCCACGCCAGGAACCUCCACAGUACUCACCUCCACUCUGGGGACCUCGACUGUGGCCUCCACCAUGACCCAGGAGACCUCCACGGCCUCCUCAACAUCUCCAGGAACCUCCACUGUCCUCACCUCCACUCCUUUGACCUCCACAACGGCCUCUACCACCUCCUCAGAGACCUCAACAGCCUCCAGCUCAACUCCAGGCACCUCCACAGGCCUCACCUCCACUCCUUUGACCUCCACAUCUGCCUCAACCACCUCCUCAGAGGCCUCCACAGCGUCCUCAACAUCUCCAGGCACUUCCACGGGUCUGACCACCACACCCAUGACCUCCACAGUUGCCUCCACAACCUCUUCCGAGACCUCCACGGCCUCCUCAACCACUCCAGGGACCUCCACAGGACUCACAUCAACCCCUGUGAGCUCCACAGUGGCCUCCACUACGUCACCUGAGACCUCCACGGCCUUUACUUCCACUCCAGGCACCUCCACAGGCCUCACCUCCACUCCGGGGACCUCCACAUCUGCCUCCACCACCUCAGCUGAGACCUCCACAGCCUCCAGUACAACUGCAGGCACCUCCACUGGCCUCACUUCAACACCAGGCACCUCCACAGUGGCCUCCACCACCUCCUCCGAAACCUCCACGGCCUCCUCUUCUACUCCGGUCACCUCCACAGGCGUCACCUCCAGCCCCGUGACCUCUGCACCGGCCUCCACCACCUCAGCUGAGACCUCUACCGUCUCCAGCACAACUCAACCAACAUCCAUGGGCCUCACCUCCACUCUGGGGACCUCCACAGCUGCCUCCACCACGUCAGAUGAGACCUCCACGGCCUCCUCUUCCACUCCAGGAACCUCCACAGGACUCACCUCCACACCACUGACCUCCACAGUGGCCUCUACCACCUCCUCAGAGACCUCAACAGCCUCCAGCACAGCUCCAGGGACCUCGAUUGGCCUCACCUCCACUCCGGGGACCUCCACAGUGGCCUCCACCACAUCACCUGAGACCUCCACGGCCUCCACUACAACUUCCGGCACCUCCACAGGCCUCACCUCCACACCAUUGACCUCCACAGUGGCCUCCACCACCUCUUCCGAAACCUCCGCGGCCUCAUCAACAUCUCCAGGUACCUCCACAGGCCUCACCUCUACUCCACGGACCUCCACAGCGGCCUCCACCACCUCAGCUGAGACCUCCACGGCCUCCACUACAACUGCAGGCACCGCCACGGGCCUCACCUCCACACCAUUGACCUCCACAGUGGCCUCCACCACCUCUUCCGAAACCUCCGCGGCCUCAUCAACAUCUCCAGGCCUCACCUCCACUCCGGGGACCUCCACAGCGGCCUCCACCACCUCAGCUGAGACCUCCACAGCCUCCACUACAACUACAGGCACCUCCACUGGCCUCACUUCAACACCAGGCACCUCCACAGUGGCCUCCACCACCUCCUCCGAAACCUCCACGGCCUCCUCUUCUACUCCGGUCACCUCCACAGGCGUCACCUCCAGCCCCGUGACCUCUGCACCGGCCUCCACCACCUCAGCUGAGACCUCUACCGUCUCCAGCACAACUCAAGCAACAUCCAUGGGCCUCACCUCCACUGCGGGGACCUCCACAGUGGCCUCCACCACAUCAGCUGAGACCUCCACGGCCUACAGUACAACUCCAGGCACCUCCAGCGGCCUGACCUCCACUCCAGUGACCACUACCACGGCUGCCACCACCUCCCCAGAGACUUCCACAGCGUCCUCAACAUCUCCAGGAACCUCCACAGGCCUCACCUCCACACACAUGACCUCCACUGUGGCCUCCACCACCUCUUCUGAGACCUCCAUGGCCUCCUCUUCCACGCCAGGAACCUCCACAGUACUCACCUCCACUCUGGGGACCUCGACUGUGGCCUCCACCAUGACCCAGGAGACCUCCUCGGCCUCCUCAACAUCUCCAGGAACCUCCACUGUCCUCACCUCCACUCCUUUGACCUCUACAACGGCCUCUACCACCUCCUCAGAGACCUCAACAGCCUCCAGCUCAACUCCAGGCACCUCCACAGGCCUCACCUCCACUCCUUUGACCUCCACAGCGGCCUCCACCACCUCAGCUGAGACAUCCAUGGCCUACAGUACAACUCCAGGCACCUCCAGCGGCCUGACCUCCACUCCAGUGACCACUACCACGGCUGCCACAACCUCCCCAGAGACUUCCACAGCGUCCUCAACAUCUCCAGGAACCUCCACAGGCCUCACCUCCACACACAUGACCUCCACUGUGGCCUCCACCACGACCCAGGAGACCUCCAUGGCCUCCUCAACAUCUCCAGGUACCUCCACUGUCCUCACCUCCGCUCCUUUGACCUCCACAACGGCCUCUACCACCUCCUCAGAGACCUCAACAGCCUCCAGUUCAACUCCAGGCACCUCCACAGGCCUCACCUCCACUCCUUUGACCUCCACAUCUGCCUCAACCACCUCCUCAGAGGCCUCCACAGCAUCCUCAACAUCUCCAGGCACUUCCACGGGUCUGACCACCACACCCAUGACCUCCACAGUUGCCUCCACAACCUCUUCCGAGACCUCCACGGCCUCCUCAACCACUCCAGGGACCUCCACAGGACUCACAUCAACCCCUGUGAGCUCCACAGUGGCCUCCACUACGUCACUUGAGACCUCCACGGCCUUUACUUCCACUCCAGGCACCUCCACAGGCCUCACCUCCACUCCGGGGACCUCCACAGCGGCCUCCACCACCUCAGCUGAGACCUCCACAGCCUCCAGUACAACUGCAGGCACCUCCACUGGCCUCACUUCAACACCAGGCACCUCCACAGUGGCCUCCACCACCUCCUCCGAAACCUCCACGGCCUCCUCUUCUACUCUGGUCACCUCCACAGGUGUCACCUCCAGCCCCGUGACCUCUGCACCGGCCUCCACCACCUCAGCUGAGACCUCUACCGUCUCCAGCACAAUUCAAGCAACAUCCACGGGCCUCACCUCCACUGCGGGGACCUCCACAGUGGCCUCCACCACGUCAGCUGAGACCUCCACGGCCUCCACUACAACUUCCGGCACCUCCACGGGCCUCACCUCCACACCAUUGACCUCCACAGUGGCCUCCACCACCUCUUCCGAAACCUCCACGGCCUCAUCAACAUCUCCAGGCCUCACCUCCACUCCGGGGACCUCCACAGCGGCCUCCGCCACCUCAGCUGAGACCUCCACAGCCUCCAGUACAACUGCAGGCACCUCCACUGGCCUCACUUCAACACCAGGCACCUCCACAGUGGCCUCCACCACCUCCUCCGAAACCUCCACGGCCUCCUCUUCUACUCCGGUCACCUCCACAGGCAUCACCUCCAGCCCCGUGACCUCUGCACCGGCCUCCACCACCUCAGCUGAGACCUCUACCGUCUCCAGCACAACUCAAGCAACAUCCAUGGGCCUCACCUCCACUCUGGGGACCUCCACAGUUGCCUCCACCACAUCAGAUGAGACCUCCACGGCCUCCUCUUCCACUCCAGGAACCUCCACAGGACUCACCUCCACACCACUGACCUCCACAGUGGCCUCUACCACCUCCUCAGAGACCUCAACAGCCUCCAGCACAGCUCCAGGGACCUCGAUUGGCCUCACCUCCGCUCCGGGGACCUCCACAGCGGCCUCCACCACAUCAGCUGAGACCUCCACGGCCUACAGUACAACUCCAGGCACCUCCACAGGCCUCACCUCCACUCCACGGACCUCCACAGCGGCCUCCACCACAUCAGCUGAGACCUCCACGGCCUACAGUACAACUCCAGGCACCUCCAGCGGCCUGACCUCCACUCCAGUGACCACUACCACGGCUGCCACCACCUCCCCAGAGACUUCCACAGCGUCCUCAACAUCUCCAGGAACCUCCACAGGCCUCACCUCCACACACAUGACCUCCACUGUGGCCUCCACCACCUCUUCUGAGACCUCCACGGCCUCCUCUUCCACGCCAGGAACCUCCACAGUACUCACCUCCACUCUGGGGACCUCGACUGUGGCCUCCACCAUGACCCAGGAGACCUCCACGGCCUCCUCAACAUCUCCAGGAACCUCCACUGUCCUCACCUCCACUCCUUUGACCUCCACAACGGCCUCUACCACCUCCUCAGAGACCUCAACAGCCUCCAGCUCAACUCCAGGCACCUCCACAGGCCUCACCUCCACUCCUUUGACCUCCACAUCUGCCUCAACCACCUCCUCAGAGGCCUCCACAGCGUCCUCAACAUCUCCAGGCACUUCCACGGGUCUGACCACCACACCCAUGACCUCCACAGUUGCCUCCACAACCUCUUCCGAGACCUCCACGGCCUCCUCAACCACUCCAGGGACCUCCACAGGACUCACAUCAACCCCUGUGAGCUCCACAGUGGCCUCCACUACGUCACCUGAGACCUCCACGGCCUUUACUUCCACUCCAGGCACCUCCACAGGCCUCACCUCCACUCCAGGGACCUCCACAUCUGCCUCCACCACCUCAGCUGAGACCUCCACAGCCUCCAGUACAACUGCAGGCACCUCCACUGGCCUCACUUCAACACCAGGCACCUCCACAGUGGCCUCCACCACCUCCUCCAAAACCUCCACGGCCUCCUCUUCUACUCCGGUCACCUCCACAGGUGUCACCUCCAGCCCCGUGACCUCUGCACCGGCCUCCACCACCUCAGCUGAGACCUCUACCAUCUCCAGCACAAUUCAAGCAACAUCCACGGGCCUCACCUCCACUGCGGGGACCUCCACAGUGGCCUCCACCACGUCAGCUGAGACCUCCACGGCCUCCACUACAACUUCCGGCACCUCCACGGGCCUCACCUCCACACCAUUGACCUCCACAGUGGCCUCCACCACCUCUUCCGAAACCUCCACGGCCUCAUCAACAUCUCCAGGCCUCACCUCCACUCCGGGGACCUCCACAGCGGCCUCCGCCACCUCAGCUGAGACCUCCACAGCCUCCAGUACAACUGCAGGCACAUCCACUGGCCUCACUUCAAUACCAGGCACCUCCACAUCUGCCUCCACCACCUCAGCUGAGACCUCCACAGCCUCCAGUACAACUACAGGCACCUCCACUGGCCUCACUUCAACACCAGGCACCUCCACAGUGGCCUCCACCACCUCCUCCGAAACCUCCACGGCCUCCUCUUCUACUCCGGUCACCUCCACAGGCAUCACCUCCAGCCCCGUGACCUCUGCACCGGCCUCCACCACCUCAGCUGAGACCUCUACCGUCUCCAGCACAACUCAAGCAACAUCCAUGGGCCUCACCUCCACUCUGGGGACCUCCACAGUUGCCUCCACCACAUCAGAUGAGACCUCCACGGCCUCCUCUUCCACUCCAGGAUCCUCCACAGGACUCACCUCCACACCACUGACCUCCACAGUGGCCUCUACCACCUCCUCAGAGACCUCAACAGCCUCCAGCACAGCUCCAGGGACCUCGAUUGGCCUCACCUCCGCUCCGGGGACCUCUACAGCGGCCUCCACCACAUCAGCUGAGACCUCCACGGCCUACAGUACAACUCCAGGCACCUCCACAGGCCUCACCUCCACUCCACGGACCUCCACAGCGGCCUCCACCACAUCAGCUGAGACCUCCACGGCCUACAGUACAACUCCAGGCACCUCCAGCGGCCUGACCUCCACUCCAGUGACCACUACCACGGCUGCCACCACCUCCCCAGAGACUUCCACAGCAUCCUCAACAUCUCCAGGAACCUCCACAGGCCUCACCUCCACACACAUGACCUCCACUGUGGCCUCCACCACCUCUUCUGAGACCUCCACGGCCUCCUCUUCCACGCCAGGAACCUCCACAGUACUCACCUCCACUCUGGGGACCUCGACUGUGGCCUCCACCAUGACCCAGGAGACCUCCACGGCCUCCUCAACAUCUCCAGGAACCUCCACUGUCCUCACCUCCACUCCUUUGACCUCCACAACGGCCUCUACCACCUCCUCAGAGACCUCAACAGCCUCCAGCUCAACUCCAGGCACCUCCACAGGCCUCACCUCCACUCCUUUGACCUCCACAUCUGCCUCAACCACCUCCUCAGAGGCCUCCACAGCGUCCUCAACAUCUCCAGGCACUUCCACGGGUCUGACCACCACACCCAUGACCUCCACAGUUGCCUCCACAACCUCUUCCGAGACCUCCACGGCCUCCUCAACCACUCCAGGGACCUCCACAGGACUCACCUCCACUCCGGGGACCUCCACAUCUGCCUCCACCACCUCAGCUGAGACCUCCACAGCCUCCAGUACAACUGCAGGCACCUCCACUGGCCUCACUUCAACACCAGGCACCUCCACAGUGGCCUCCACCACCUCCUCCGAAACCUCCACGGCCUCCUCUUCUACUCCGGUCACCUCCACAGGCGUCACCUCCAGCCCCGUGACCUCUGCACCGGCCUCCACCACCUCAGCUGAGACCUCUACCGUCUCCAGCACAACUCAACCAACAUCCAUGGGCCUCACCUCCACUCUGGGGACCUCCACAGCUGCCUCCACCACGUCAGAUGAGACCUCCACGGCCUCCUCUUCCACUCCAGGAACCUCCACAGGACUCACCUCCACACCACUGACCUCCACAGUGGCCUCUACCACCUCCUCAGAGACCUCAACAGCCUCCAGCACAGCUCCAGGGACCUCGAUUGGCCUCACCUCCACUCCGGGGACCUCCACAGUGGCCUCCACCACAUCACCUGAGACCUCCACGGCCUCCACUACAACUUCCGGCACCUCCACAGGCCUCACCUCCACACCAUUGACCUCCACAGUGGCCUCCACCACCUCUUCCGAAACCUCCGCGGCCUCAUCAACAUCUCCAGGUACCUCCACAGGCCUCACCUCUACUCCACGGACCUCCACAGCGGCCUCCACCACCUCAGCUGAGACCUCCACGGCCUCCACUACAACUGCAGGCACCGCCACGGGCCUCACCUCCACACCAUUGACCUCCACAGUGGCCUCCACCACCUCUUCCGAAACCUCCGCGGCCUCAUCAACAUCUCCAGGUACCUCCACAGGCCUCACCUCCACUCCUUUGACCUCCACAGUGGCCUCCACCACAUCAGCUGAGACCUCCUCAGCCUCCAGUACAACUGCAGGCACCUCCACUGGCCUCACUUCAAUACCAGGCACCUCCACAGUGGCCUCGACCACCUCUUCCGAAACCUCCACGGCCUCAUCAACAUCUCCAGGUACCUCCACAGGCCUCACCUCCACUCCACGGACCUCCACAGCGGCCUCCACCACCUCAGCUGAGACUUCCACGGCCUCCUCAACCACUCCAGGGACCUCCACGGGCCUCACCUCCACUCCAGGGAUCUCCACAUCUGCCUCCACCACAUCAGCUGAGACCUCCACGGCCUCCACUACAACUUCCGGCACCUCCACAGGCCUCACCUCCACUGCGGGGACCUCCACAGCGGCCUCCACCACCUCAGCUGAGACCUCCACAGCCUCCAGUACAACUGCAGGCACCUCCACUGGCCUCACUUCAACACCAGGCACCUCCACAUCUGCCUCCACCACCUCCUCCGAAACCUCCACGGCCUCCUCCUCUACUCCGGUCACCUCCACAGGCGUCACCUCCAGCCCCGUGACCUCUGCACCGGCCUCCACCACCUCAGCUGAGACCUCUACCAUCUCCAGCACAACUCAAGCAACAUCCAUGGGCCUCACCUCCACUCCGGGGACCUCCACAGCUGCCUCCACCACAUCAGAUGAGACCUCCACGGCCUCCUCUUCCACUCCAGGGACCUCCACUGGCCUCACCUCCACUCCAGGGAUCUCCACAGUGGCCUCCACCACCUCUUCCGAAACCUCCGCGGCCUCAUCAACAUCUCCAGGUACCUCCACAGGCCUCACCUCUACUCCACGGACCUCCACAGAGGCCUCCACCACCUCAGCUGAGACCUCCACGGCCUACAGUACAACUCCAGGCACCUCCAGCGGCCUGACCUCCACUCCAGUGACCACUACCACGGCUGCCACAACCUCCCCAGAGACUUCCACAGCGUCCUCAACAUCUCCAGGAACCUCCACAGGCCUCACCUCCACACCAUUGACCUCCACAGUGGCCUCCACCACCUCUUCCGAAACCUCCGCGGCCUCAUCAACAUCUCCAGGCACCUCCACAGGCCUCACCUCUACUCCACGGACCUCCACAUCUGCCUCCAUCACCUCAGCUGAGACCUCCACGGCCUACAGUACAACUCCAGGCACCUCCAGCGGCCUGACCUCCACUCCAGUGACCACUACCACGGCUGCCACCACCUCCCCAGAGACUUCCACAGCAUCCUCAACAUCUCCAGGAACCUCCACAGGCCUCACCUCCACACACAUGACCUCCACUGUGGCCUCCACCACCUCUUCUGAGACCUCCACGGCCUCCUCUUCCACGCCAGGAACCUCCACAGUACUCACCUCCACUCUGGGGACCUCGACUGUGGCCUCCACCAUGACCCAGGAGACCUCCACGGCCUCCUCAACAUCUCCAGGAACCUCCACUGUCCUCACCUCCACUCCUUUGACCUCUACAACGGCCUCUACCACCUCCUCAGAGACCUCAACAGCCUCCAGCUCAACUCCAGGCACCUCCACAGGCCUCACCUCCACUCCUUUGACCUCCACAUCUGCCUCAACCACCUCCUCAGAGGCCUCCACAGCGUCCUCAACAUCUCCAGGCACUUCCACGGGUCUGACCACCACACCCAUGACCUCCACAGUUGCCUCCACAACCUCUUCUGAGACCUCCACGGCCUCCUCAACCACUCCAGGGACCUCCACAGGACUCACAUCAACCCCUGUGAGCUCCACAGUGGCCUCCACUACGUCACCUGAGACCUCCACGGCCUUUACUUCCACUCCAGGCACCUCCACAGGCCUCACCUCCACUCCGGGGACCUCCACAUCUGCCUCCACCACCUCAGCUGAGACCUCCACAGCCUCCAGUACAACUGCAGGCACCUCCACUGGCCUCACUUCAACACCAGGCACCUCCACAGUGGCCUCCACCACCUCCUCCGAAACCUCCACGGCCUCCUCUUCUACUCCGGUCACCUCCACAGGCGUCACCUCCAGCCCCGUGACCUCUGCACCGGCCUCCACCACCUCAGCUGAGACCUCUACCGUCUCCAGCACAACUCAACCAACAUCCAUGGGCCUCACCUCCACUCUGGGGACCUCCACAGCUGCCUCCACCACGUCAGAUGAGACCUCCACGGCCUCCUCUUCCACUCCAGGAACCUCCACAGGACUCACCUCCACACCACUGACCUCCACAGUGGCCUCUACCACCUCCUCAGAGACCUCAACAGCCUCCAGCACAGCUCCAGGGACCUCGAUUGGCCUCACCUCCACUCCGGGGACCUCCACAGCGGCCUCCACCACAUCAGCUGAGACCUCCACGGCCUCCACUACAACUUCCGGCACCUCCACAGGCCUCACCUCCACACCAUUGACCUCCACAGUGGCCUCCACCACCUCUUCCGAAACCUCCGCGGCCUCAUCAACAUCUCCAGGAACCUCCACAGGCCUCACCUCCACACACAUGACCUCCACUGUGGCCUCCACCACGACCCAGGAGACCUCCAUGGCCUCAUUAACAUCUCCAGGUACCUCCACUGUCCUCACCUCCACUGCUUUGACCUCCACAACGGCCUCUACCACCUCCUCAGAGACCUCAACAGCCUCCAGCACAACUCCAGGCACCUCCACAGGCCUCACCUCCACUCCUUUGACCUCCACAUCCGCCUCCACCACCUCCUCAGAGGCCUCCACAGCGUCCUCAACAUCUCCAGGCACCUCCACGGGUCUGACCACCACACCCAUGACCUCCACAGUUGCCUCCACAACCUCUUCCGAGACCUCCACGGCCUCCUCAACCACUCCAGGGACCUCCACAGGACUCACAUCAACCCCUGUGAGCUCCACAGUGGCCUCCACUACGUCACCUGAGACCUCCACGGCCUUUACUUCCACUCCAGGCACCUCCACAGGCCUCACCUCCACUCCGGGGACCUCCACAGCGGCCUCCACCACCUCAGCUGAGACCUCCACAGCCUCCAGUACAACUGCAGGCACCUCCACUGGCCUCACUUCAACACCAGGCACCUCCACAGCGGCCUCCACCACCUCCUCCGAAACCUCCACGGCCUCCUCUUCUACUCCGGUCACCUCCACAGGUGUCACCUCCAGCCCCGUGACCUCUGCACCGGCCUCCACCACCUCAGCUGAGACCUCUACCAUCUCCAGCACAAUUCAAGCAACAUCCACGGGCCUCACCUCCACUGCGGGGACCUCCACAGUGGCCUCCACCACGUCAGCUGAGACCUCCACGGCCUCCACUACAACUUCCGGCACCUCCACGGGCCUCACCUCCACACCAUUGACCUCCACAGUGGCCUCCACCACCUCUUCCGAAACCUCCACGGCCUCAUCAACAUCUCCAGGCCUCACCUCCACUCCGGGGACCUCCACAGCGGCCUCCGCCACCUCAGCUGAGACCUCCACGGCCUACAGUACAACUCCAGGCACCUCCAGCGGCCUGACCUCCACUCCAGUGACCACUACCACGGCUGCCACAACCUCCCCAGAGACUUCCACAGCGUCCUCAACAUCUCCAGGAACCUCCACAGGCCUCACCUCCACACACAUGACCUCCACUGUGGCCUCCACCACGACCCAGGAGACCUCCAUGGCCUCAUCAACAUCUCCAGGUACCUCCACUGUCCUCACCUCCACUGCUUUGACCUCCACAACGGCCUCUACCACCUCCUCAGAGACCUCAACAGCCUCCAGCACAACUCCAGGCACCUCCACAGGCCUCACCUCCACUCCUUUGACCUCCACAUCCGCCUCCACCACCUCCUCAGAGGCCUCCACAGCGUCCUCAACAUCUCCAGGCACUUCCACGGGUCUGACCACCACACCCAUGACCUCCACAGUUGCCUCCACAACCUCUUCCGAGACCUCCACGGCCUCCUCAACCACUCCAGGGACCUCCACAGGACUCACAUCAACCCCUGUGAGCUCCACAGUGGCCUCCACUACGUCACCUGAGACCUCCACGGCCUUUACUUCCACUCCAGGCACCUCCACAGGCCUCACCUCCACUCCGGGGACCUCCACAGCGGCCUCCACCACCUCAGCUGAGACCUCCACAGCCUCCAGUACAACUGCAGGCACCUCCACUGGCCUCACUUCAACACCAGGCACCUCCACAGCGGCCUCCACCACCUCCUCCGAAACCUCCACGGCCUCCUCUUCUACUCCGGUCACCUCCACAGGUGUCACCUCCAGCCCCGUGACCUCUGCACCGGCCUCCACCACCUCAGCUGAGACCUCUACCAUCUCCAGCACAAUUCAAGCAACAUCCACGGGCCUCACCUCCACUGCGGGGACCUCCACAGUGGCCUCCACCACGUCAGCUGAGACCUCCACGGCCUCCACUACAACUUCCGGCACCUCCACAGGCCUCACCUCCACACCAUUGACCUCCACAGUGGCCUCCACCACCUCUUCCGAAACCUCCGCGGCCUCAUCAACAUCUCCAGGAACCUCCACAGGCCUCACCUCCACACACAUGACCUCCACUGUGGCCUCCACCACGACCCAGGAGACCUCCAUGGCCUCAUCAACAUCUCCAGGUACCUCCACUGUCCUCACCUCCACUGCUUUGACCUCCACAACGGCCUCUACCACCUCCUCAGAGACCUCAACAGCCUCCAGCACAACUCCAGGCACCUCCACAGGCCUCACCUCCACUCCUUUGACCUCCACAUCCGCCUCCACCACCUCCUCAGAGGCCUCCACAGCGUCCUCAACAUCUCCAGGCACCUCCACGGGUCUGACCACCACACCCAUGACCUCCACAGUUGCCUCCACAACCUCUUCCGAGACCUCCACGGCCUCCUCAACCACUCCAGGGACCUCCACAGGACUCACAUCAACCCCUGUGAGCUCCACAGUGGCCUCCACUACGUCACCUGAGACCUCCACGGCCUUUACUUCCACUCCAGGCACCUCCACAGGCCUCACCUCCACUCCGGGGACCUCCACAGCGGCCUCCACCACCUCAGCUGAGACCUCCACAGCCUCCAGUACAACUGCAGGCACCUCCACUGGCCUCACUUCAACACCAGGCACCUCCACAGCGGCCUCCACCACCUCCUCCGAAACCUCCACGGCCUCCUCUUCUACUCCGGUCACCUCCACAGGUGUCACCUCCAGCCCCGUGACCUCUGCACCGGCCUCCACCACCUCAGCUGAGACCUCUACCGUCUCCAGCACAACUCAAGCAACAUCCAUGGGCCUCACCUCCACUCUGGGGACCUCCACAGUUGCCUCCACCACAUCAGAUGAGACCUCCACGGCCUCCUCUUCCACUCCAGGAACCUCCACAGGACUCACCUCCACACCACUGACCUCCACAGUGGCCUCUACCACCUCCUCAGAGACCUCAACAGCCUCCAGCACAGCUCCAGGGACCUCGAUUGGCCUCACCUCCGCUCCGGGGACCUCCACAGCGGCCUCCACCACAUCAGCUGAGACCUCCACGGCCUACAGUACAACUCCAGGCACCUCCACAGGCCUCACCUCCACUCCACGGACCUCCACAGCGGCCUCCACCACCUCAGCUGAGACCUCCACGGCCUACAGUACAACUCCAGGCACCUCCAGCGGCCUGACCUCCACUCCAGUGACCACUACCACGGCUGCCACCACCUCCCCAGAGACUUCCACAGUGUCCUCAACAUCUCCAGGAACCUCCACAGUACUCACCUCCACACACAUGACCUCCACUGUGGCCUCCACCACCUCUUCUGAGACCUCCACGGCCUCCUCUUCCACGCCAGGAACCUCCACAGUACUCACCUCCACUCUGGGGACCUCGACUGUGGCCUCCACCAUGACCCAGGAGACCUCCACGGCCUCCUCAACAUCUCCAGGAACCUCCACUGUCCUCACCUCCACUCCUUUGACCUCCACAACGGCCUCUACCACCUCCUCAGAGACCUCAACAGCCUCCAGCUCAACUCCAGGCACCUCCACAGGCCUCACCUCCACUCCUUUGACCUCCACAUCUGCCUCAACCACCUCCUCAGAGGCCUCCACAGUGUCCUCAACAUCUCCAGGCACUUCCACGGGUCUGACCACCACACCCAUGACCUCCACAGUUGCCUCCACAACCUCUUCCGAGACCUCCACGGCCUCCUCAACCACUCCAGGGACCUCCACAGGACUCACAUCAACCCCUGUGAGCUCCACAGUGGCCUCCACUACGUCACCUGAGACCUCCACGGCCUUUACUUCCACUCCAGGCACCUCCACAGGCCUCACCUCCACUCCGGGGACCUCCACAGCGGCCUCCACCACCUCAGCUGAGACCUCCACAGCCUCCAGUACAACUGCAGGCACCUCCACUGGCCUCACUUCAACACCAGGCACCUCCACAGUGGCCUCCACCACCUCCUCCAAAACCUCCACGGCCUCCUCUUCUACUCCGGUCACCUCCACAGGCGUCACCUCCAGCCCCGUGACCUCUGCACCGGCCUCCACCACCUCAGCUGAGACCUCUACCGUCUCCAGCACAACUCAAGCAACAUCCAUGGGCCUCACCUCCACUGCGGGGACCUCCACAGCUGCCUCCACCACGUCAGCUGAGACCUCCACGGCCUCCUCUUCCAAUCCAGGGACCUCCACUGGCCUCACCUCCACUCCAGGGACCUCCACAGUGGCCUCCACCACAUCACCUGAGACCUCCACGGCCUCCACUACAACUGCAGGCACCGCCACGGGCCUCACCUCCACACCAUUGACCUCCACAGUGGCCUCCACCACCUCUUCCGAAACCUCCGCGGCCUCAUCAACAUCUCCAGGUACCUCCACAGGCCUCACCUCCACUCCUUUGACCUCCACAGUGGCCUCCACCACAUCAGCUGAGACCUCCUCAGCCUCCAGUACAACUGCAGGCACCUCCACUGGCCUCACUUCAAUACCAGGCACCUCCACAGUGGCCUCGACCACCUCUUCCGAAACCUCCACGGCCUCAUCAACAUCUCCAGGUACCUCCACAGGCCUCACCUCCACUCCACGGACCUCCACAGCGGCCUCCACCACCUCAGCUGAGACUUCCACGGCCUCCUCAACCACUCCAGGGACCUCCACGGGCCUCACCUCCACUCCAGGGAUCUCCACAUCUGCCUCCACCACAUCAGCUGAGACCUCCACGGCCUCCACUACAACUUCCGGCACCUCCACAGGCCUCACCUCCACUCCGGGGACCUCCACAGCGGCCUCCACCACCUCAGCUGAGACCUCCACAGCCUCCAGUACAACUGCAGGCACCUCCACUGGCCUCACUUCAACACCAGGCACCUCCACAGUGGCCUCCACCACCUCCUCCGAAACCUCCACGGCCUCCUCCUCUACUCCGGUCACCUCCACAGGCGUCACCUCCAGCCCCGUGACCUCUGCACCGGCCUCCACCACCUCAGCUGAGACCUCUACCAUCUCCAGCACAACUCAAGCAACAUCCAUGGGCCUCACCUCCACUCCGGGGACCUCCACAGCUGCCUCCACCACAUCAGAUGAGACCUCCACGGCCUCCUCUUCCACUCCAGGGACCUCCACUGGCCUCACCUCCACUCCAGGGAUCUCCACAGUGGCCUCCACCACCUCUUCCGAAACCUCCGCGGCCUCAUCAACAUCUCCAGGUACCUCCACAGGCCUCACCUCUACUCCACGGACCUCCACAGAGGCCUCCACCACCUCAGCUGAGACCUCCACGGCCUACAGUACAACUCCAGGCACCUCCAGCGGCCUGACCUCCACUCCAGUGACCACUACCACGGCUGCCACAACCUCCCCAGAGACUUCCACAGCGUCCUCAACAUCUCCAGGAACCUCCACAGGCCUCACCUCCACACCAUUGACCUCCACAGUGGCCUCCACCACCUCUUCCGAAACCUCCGCGGCCUCAUCAACAUCUCCAGGCACCUCCACAGGCCUCACCUCUACUCCACGGACCUCCACAUCUGCCUCCACCACCUCAGCUGAGACCUCCACGGCCUACAGUACAACUCCAGGCACCUCCAGCGGCCUGACCUCCACUCCAGUGACCACUACCACGGCUGCCACCACCUCCCCAGAGACUUCCACAGCAUCCUCAACAUCUCCAGGAACCUCCACAGGCCUCACCUCCACACACAUGACCUCCACUGUGGCCUCCACCACCUCUUCUGAGACCUCCACGGCCUCCUCUUCCACGCCAGGAACCUCCACAGUACUCACCUCCACUCUGGGGACCUCGACUGUGGCCUCCACCAUGACCCAGGAGACCUCCACGGCCUCCUCAACAUCUCCAGGAACCUCCACUGUCCUCACCUCCACUCCUUUGACCUCUACAACGGCCUCUACCACCUCCUCAGAGACCUCAACAGCCUCCAGCUCAACUCCAGGCACCUCCACAGGCCUCACCUCCACUCCUUUGACCUCCACAUCUGCCUCAACCACCUCCUCAGAGGCCUCCACAGCGUCCUCAACAUCUCCAGGCACUUCCACGGGUCUGACCACCACACCCAUGACCUCCACAGUUGCCUCCACAACCUCUUCUGAGACCUCCACGGCCUCCUCAACCACUCCAGGGACCUCCACAGGACUCACAUCAACCCCUGUGAGCUCCACAGUGGCCUCCACUACGUCACCUGAGACCUCCACGGCCUCCACUACAACUUCCGGCACCUCCACAGGCCUCACCUCCACUCCGGGGACCUCCACAUCUGCCUCCACCACCUCAGCUGAGACCUCCACAGCCUCCAGUACAACUGCAGGCACCUCCACUGGCCUCACUUCAACACCAGGCACCUCCACAGUGGCCUCCACCACCUCCUCCGAAACCUCCACGGCCUCCUCUUCUACUCCGGUCACCUCCACAGGCACCUCUACCGUCUCCAGCACAACUCAACCAACAUCCAUGGGCCUCACCUCCACUCUGGGGACCUCCACAGCUGCCUCCACCACGUCAGAUGAGACCUCCACGGCCUCCUCUUCCACUCCAGGGACCUCCACAGGACUCACCUCCACACCACUGACCUCCACAGUGGCCUCUACCACCUCCUCAGAGACCUCAACAGCCUCCAGCACAGCU